GUGGUAGAGAAUCAGCAGGGGGAAAAGAACAGGAAAGCAGAAGACAUUUCUCCAGGUAGGGAGUCCUAGGAGAGACCCUGCCCAAGAAGCAGUGGAGAGAUGCUGUUAGGGAGGACUCUGGGAUUUUCUGGCAUAUGAAGAAGUACAGACUGAGAAGCAUGGCUUGUCAAGGUGAUAACUACUUAGAUUCCCUUCCACUGCCAGUUCAGCGCAUGCACUUAAUUCAGGUGGAUUCCGUGCAGCGUUGGAUGGAGGACUUGAAGUUGAUGACGGAUUGUGAAUGUAUGUGUAUUCUUCAGUCCAAACCAAUCAGCACAGAGGAGGAUGCACAGAGUGAACUUAUCCUUUCAUCACAACAUAGUGCAUAUGAUAACUUACAAUUAUUGUUAAAAAGAGCUUGGAUCAUAAGCACGGAGUUGACCAGGAUUGCUCAAAAACUAGAGAAGAACAGAUGGCAGAGAGUUCACAGCAUGACAGUAAGAGUCAAUUGUCACGUACGUUCAAUGAUAAAUGAAUACAAUAGCUUCACUAGAAAUUCCUCAGAAGAAAUGCACCAGUUUGAAAAACUUUUAAUUGAAAAAUGUUCGGAAUUUACAGCAGUCACAGAAAGGUGCAUACAAACUGAAGACGAGCGGACAUUACAGUCCAUGAAAUCUUGUAUUAAUGAAACAUUAACCACAGUCGCACAGUAUUUCGGCCAGUUGAUAGAAUUGGCCUUAACAUAUGAGAUACAGAAUCUUGUGAGACAAAUAAACUCAUCAGAUAAUAUAUAUAUCACAGAAUCAUCUACCAUUGGUUUAUUCAGCCUUACCCAAGAGGGUGCUCAAUUGUGCCGCAUCAUAGCUAAGGAAGGAGGUGUUGUGGCUCUCUUUAAGAUCUGCCGCCAGGAUUGUUUCAGGUGCCUUUAUCCCCAGACUCUCAGAACACUGGCAUCCAUAUGCUGUGUGGAGGAAGGGAUUCACCAGCUGGAAAAGGUUGAUGGGAUAUUGUGCUUGGCUGACAUUCUCACAGAUAGGACCCAUUCUGAAGCCACUCGUGCAGAAGCAGCAGCAGUAAUAGCACAAAUCACAUCUCCACAUCUCACUUUCACUCAGCAUCUCAGCAGCUUUCUGGAGAAUAUGGAGGAAAUUGUCACAGCACUUGUCAAAUUGUGCCAAGAGGCCUCAACUGGUGAAGUUUUCCUUCUGGCUUCAGCAGCACUUGCCAAUAUUACAUUUUUUGACACAAUGGCUUGUGAGAUGUUGCUUCACUUGAAUGCAAUGAAAAUUCUUCUAGCAGCUUGCGCUGACAAGCAGAUAGUGGAUACUCCAUAUUCUCGAGAUCAGGUUGUGACAAUAUUAGCAAACAUGUCUGUGCUGGACCAGUGUGCUUCAGAAAUAAUUCAAGGAAAUGGUGUUCAGCUUUUAAUGGAAAUGCUCUUUGAAAGAUCAUCUUCUGGGAAUUCAGCAGAAGUCACUGCUUGUGAGCGAGUUCAGCAGAAAUCUGCAGUUACUCUGGCACGGCUCAGCCGAGAUCCUGAAGUGGCACAUGCAGCCAUAAAACUCAGCUGUAUUCCUCGCCUUAUAGAACUCUGCAGAUCACCCGCUGAAAGAAAUAACAGUGAUUCUGUUCUAGUGGCUUGUCUGGCAGCCUUACGAAGACUAGCAGUUAUGAGUCCUGAUGGCCUUGAGGAUUCAGAUUUCCAGCAGUUGGUAAAGCCUAGACUUGUGGAUUCCUUUUUGCUGUGCACAAAUAUGGAAGAGAGCUUUGUAUAAAUGACUAAAUAUAGCCUCCAAAGCCAAUCGAACUAACACACGCAGAAUGUUGUAGUUCUAAAAAUAUUAUUUUUAUGAUUAAUUUAUUUUAAAACUAUUAAAGUCUGGUAUGUAGAGGAAAAGAAACAGAAAAAGCAAUCUUGUAUCAGUGGUUUGAGCAAGUAAUCCUUCCCCCUCCCUAUUUUUUUCUGCAAUACUUAUGGACAUGUCAACAGAAAAGAAAAUUAUUAUUAUAACUGUUGUCAUCUUAGAUUGGGUUCAGAUUUUCCUCUUGAUUACACUGGUGUGAUGAGAUUGCAUCAUGAUAACUAGGGAGAAUUUUGUCCCUUGAUUUUAAAUGUUCUGACAUUUUAUCACAAUUUCUUUGUAAUUACAGUACUAUUAAGUUGCCCAAAAGAUUUAUUAGCUUAAUGCACUCAUGUCACAAACAUUGAUUCUUAAAAAUGCAAAAAUAAACUUGAAUACAAUAGAAACAGUACCAUCUGGGCACAAAAUUCUCAAGUCUCCAUUGAGGUAUGCUGAUUGCUGAUAUGUUGAAGAUCUGGUCCUAUUUUUUUAAUAAACAGAACUGUGGAAAUAUCUGCACAGGAUUAGAUACUGAAGGUACAUAAGAAAUCAAAUAGCCACAUUUUCAAGGCUGAAUUUUGAGAUUUUUUUUGAGAAGUGGUUUAGGCUGUCUAAAAAUGUGGUCCUUUACAGGAUAUACAGUUUCAGGUAAUUUUUUUUCUAUUUUAAUUACAUGAAAUUAAAAUAUCCUGGAAAAUGGCAGUUUGUAAAAAUACGUAUAAAAAUAUACCUGAUUCUGUACAAAAUGUUUAGAUAUCCACAAAUAACUUAGCAUAGUGGUCCCCAACCUUUUUGUCAGGUGGGCGCCAGACAAAGGACCGUGGCGGUGGUGGAGAACCUGCCGAAAUGCCGCCGAAU